AUGUACCACACGUACCCUCCAAGUACCAGCUCCACCAAUGGCACCAAUGCGAUCAUCUACGUUUCAGAUAUCUAUGGUGUCCCACUCUUACAGAACAAGCUCCUUGCCGACUCUCUCGCCCGGGCGAACUACACAGUCAUAAUGCCGGAUCUCUUCAACGGCGACGCCAUCCCCGUGAGCUCGCCAGAAGGACCCGCGCUGAACCUUACAGAAUGGCGAACGCGCCAUGCGCCAGCUGAAAUUGAUCGCAUCGUUGGCUUGACGCUUGACUACAUGCGCAACGAGCUCGGCUUCAAGAGGGUCGGCGGUGUGGGAUACUGCUUCGGCGGAAAGUACGUUCCACGCUUCCUCGCGCAAGGGAAGGGCGUCGAUGUUGGGUUCAUUGCGCAUCCGAGUAGCUUGGAAACGGUGGAGAUUCAGGGCAUUGCUGGGCCGAUUAGUAUUGCUGCUGGAGAGCUGGAUGCCGCGUUCAAUGUCACCGGAAGGCAUACUGCUGAAGACAUCUUGCAGAAGAAGAACGCGACCUAUCAGACGAAUUUGUACUCUGGGGCUCCGCACGGCUUCGCCGUGCGACCGGAUCUGAGCAAUGCGCGCCAGAAGUAUGCGAAGGAGGCUGCGUUUGUACAGGCGGUUUCGUGGUUUGAUGCUUGGCUUUGA